AGAUGAGUCUGCCGAGGAGCUCCUCGACCUGGCCUGUUCAAAUCUCAUUCAUUCCAUUAAGGAUAGACACACGGAGAGUCUGUCUUCUGAAGUUAGCCAGGAUGCUUCGGACGGUGAGGCCCUGCGCAGGAGCAAGGAUACGGUCUAUGAUGUGUUUGUGUCUUACUCACACAGUUGUGCCCAGCUGCCAAAAGAAUUGGUCCAAGUCCUGCAGAGAAAUCACCCAGAGCUGAAUGUCUUCUUUGACCUGAGUGAACUGAAGGCAGGUUGGUGAACUGAACAUUGUGACCAAAUAACUGAACAUUGUGACCAAAUAACUGAACGUUGUGACCAAAUAACUGAACGUUCUGACCAAAUAACUGAACAUUGUGACCAAAUAACUGAACAUUGUGACCAAAUAACUGAACAUUGUGACCAAAUAACUGAACGUUCUUACCAAAUAACUGAACAUUGUGACCAAAUAACUGAAUAUUGUGACCAAAUAACUGAACAACUUUGACCAAUUAACUGAACAUUGUGACACAAUAACUGAACAUUGUGAUGAAAUAACUGAACAUUGUGACCAAAUAACUGAACAUUGUGACCAAAUAACUGAACAUUAGGACCAAAUAACUGAACAUUGUGACCAUAUAUCUGAACAUUGUGACCAAAUAACUGAACGUUCUUACCAAAUAACUGAACAACUUUGAUCAAAUAACUGAACAACUUUGACCAAAUAACUGAACAACUUUGACCAAAUAACUGAACAUUAUAACCAAAAAACUGGAGAAAUAAAAUACUGAUAAUUGUAGAGAAAAUAUGACAUUUUGAAAAGAUAAGUCUACAUUAGGCCCAGUUGCACCUACACAUUCUUCAAUGUCAGUUGAACAUAUUUGGUCAGAGCAGUCAGAUCUAUCAACAUCAUCUUUGUCAUCUUACCCAUCUCGGAUAUCAAGAUGUUGAACUAAUGCAAAAAUCAACAUCACUUUUUUUUCCAUAAUCAAUUUCUCCAUUUCUGCAUCAAAUUCAUCACUGUGGACACUAACAGUUUGAAUAGAUUCUAGAAAGACAAACACCACUAAGUUCAUUAAGCAUAGGUCUAGCUACACAGCGUUAUUUUGAAAAAAAUCGAAAGAAGUUCCAUGUGGGUUGCCAGGUUUAUGGUUUAAUGUGGAUGUCAUGUUUAUAAUUCACCUUUAUAUAACACCUCUAUCUUAUAAACUAACACCUCUGCCUUAUAAACUAACACCUACAUCUUAUAAACUAACACCUCUGCCUUAUAAACUAACACCUACACUUUAUAAGCUUACACCUCCACCUUAUAAGCUUACACCUACACCUUAUAAGCUUAGACCUACACCUUAUAAGCUUACACCUCUGCCUUAUAAAGUAACACCUACACUUAUAAGCUUACACCUACACCUUAUAAGCUUACACCUACACCUUAUAAGCUUACACCUACACCUUAUAAGCUUACACCUACACCUUAUAAGCUUACACCUACACCUUAUAAGCUUACACCUACACCUUAUAAACUAACACCUCUGCCUUAUAAACUAACACCUACACCUUAUAAGCUUACACCUACACCUUAUAAGCUUACACCUACACCUUAUAAGCUUACACCUACACCUUAUAAGCUUACACCUACACCUUAUAAGCUUACACCUACACCUUAUAAACUAACACCUCCACCUUAUAAACUACCACCUCCACCUUAUAAGCUUACACCUCCAUCUUAUAAGCUUAAACCUCCACCUUAUAAACUAACACCUUCACCUUAUAAACUAACACCUCCACCUUAUAAGCUUACACCUCCAUCUUAUAAACUGACACCUCCACCUUAUAAACUAACACCUCCAUCUUAUAAGCUUACACCUCCACCUUAUAAGCUUAAACCUCCACCUUAUAAACUAACACCUUCACCUUAUAAACUAACACCUCCAUCUUAUAAGCUUACACCUCCAUCUUAUAAGCUUACACCUCCAUCUUAUAAACUGACACCUCCACCUUAUAAACUAACACCUCCAUCUUAUAAGCUUACACCUCCACCUUAUAAACUAACACCUCCACCUUAUAAACUACCACCUCCACCUUAUAAGCUUACACCUCCAUCUUAUAAGCUUAAACCUCCACCUUAUAAACUAACACCUCCAUCUUAUAAGCUUAAACCUCCACCUUAUAAACUAACACCUUCACCUUAUAAACUAACACCUCCAUCUUAUAAACUAACACCUCCAUCUUAUAAGCUUACACCUCCAUCUUAUAAGCUUAAACCUCCAUCUUAUAAACUAACACCUUCACCUUAUAAACUAACACCUCCACCUUAUAAACUAACACCUCCACCUUAUAAACUAACACCUCCAUCUUAUAAGCUUACACCUCCAUCUUAUAAGCUUAAACCUCCACCUUAUAAACUAACACCUUCACCUUAUAAACUAACACCUCCACCUUAUAAACUAACACCUUCACCUUAUAAACUAACACCUCCAUCUUAUAAGCUUACACCUCCAUCUUAUAAACUGACACCUCCACCUUAUAAACUAACACCUCCAUCUUAUAAGCUUACACCUCCAUCUUAUAAACUGACACCUCCACCUUAUAAAGUAACACCUCCACCUUAUAAGCUUACACCUCCACCUUAUAAGCUUACACCUCCACCUUAUAACAUAACACCUGCACCUUGUAAACUUGGUGAAGCUGUUGCGUUUAAAGGUUUAUAUGUUCUUCCUAUUCAGGUAAUUUGUGGCAACAAGCUCUGUACGAGGCUAUGGAUAAGGCCCUUUGUAUUGUUGCAUUUCUCUCCCCUGGCUAUAUCAAAUCUUCAGUUUGUAAUGAAGAGUUCAACAUUGCCCUUGGUAGACAUUUUGCUCAGGUUAGUGAGAGUGACGUCCCCAUUGUCAUCUUUUUCAAUUAUCAUCAUCAUCAUCAUCAUCUAACUAUGAAAUUGUUUGUAUAGACAGGCUAAACUAAAGAACUGAUUAACAUGGCAUACUCAUGGUUUAUUUGUAAACAUUUUAUCAUACGAACUCAUUAUCUCAUGCCGUUGUCUCCACCUGACACACGCUGACGUCAUGUGCCGUUGUCUCCACCUGACAGGACUCCAUCAUUUUUAUUCCUGUCUACAACAAAGACUUGGAGUCAGUCCCCCG